AUGGGGACCAAGCGGGAAUACCCCACCAUAGUCAAAGUCUGGUUGCAGGAUUGGACCAUAACAGGGAGAAAUCACUGUAUGCUUUUUGAGCAAAUCACGGACUUACUGUACUCUUUUCAAGAUGAAGAAGACAUGUUCAUGGUGGUUGAUCUUUUACUUGGAGGUGACCUGCGUUACCAUCUGCAACAGAAUGUCCACUUUAACGAAGGAACUGUUAAGCUGUACAUUUGUGAGCUGGCACUUUCCUUGGAUUAUUUGCAGAGAUACCACAUCAUCCACAG